ACAUUGUAUUUAGUAGUAUAAAAUAAUCAAGGUAACGCAUCAUCUUUCAAAACCUUCUUACAUUAGAAAAAUGGAGGAUGUAGCAGCCUCAGUGAGCAUUCUUGAACAGUGCGAAGUCACUCCAGCCCCGGACGCUGUCCCCGUAUUUUCUCUGCACCUCCCUUUCUACGACUUGCUAUGGCUCCCUUUCCACCCCCUCGGCCGCGUCAUCUUCUAUCAUUUCCCUCACUCCACAGACCAUUUCAUUCAAAAAACUAUUCCAAAUCUCAAAACCUCGUUGGCUCUUGCCCUCAAGCACUUCACUCCCUUGGCUGGAAAAUUGUUUACACCCUCCGAUACUAAGUCCGACGCUGAGUGCCUAAUUCGGUAUUCGGACGGAGACUCGGUCUCCGUCACAUUUGCUGAGGGCAGUGGUGAUGUUAAUUAUUUAUCGGGGAACCAUGUACGAGAUGCAGAUAUAUUGAAGUCUCUUGUUCCUCCGCUCUCGUCAACUACUUCUGCUGAUACCUCUGCUUCUGCUUUGUUUGCUAUUCAAGUUACGGUGUUUCCUAACCGAGCCAUAUGUAUUGGAAUCACAAACUCCCAUGUAGUUGCGGAUGGAAGCUCCGUGUUCAGUUUUAUACGAGGAUGGGCUUCGAUUGCAAGACGACUUGAUAACUCUGAUGGUGGACUUGAACUUGAUAUUAGUGAUCUCGUGGCGACAGGGGAUUACCAGAUCCCGAGUUACGACAGGAGUUCUAUCCAAGACCCGCACAAUCUAGGCGCUAUGCUUGCGAAAACAGCCGCCUUGCUAAUGGAACAGAUCCAGCUACAAAAGGAUCGUAUGGUUGAAGAUCCUUCAAACCCCCGGGUGAGAGCAACGUUUAUUUUAACUGAAUCCGAUCUCCAAGCCCUCAAGAAGACGGUUUUAGCGAACCGGCCAGGCCUCACAUACGUCUCAUCUUUCACAGUCGCGUGUGCUUAUCUGUGGACGUGUUUCGCGAAAGCCCGAGCCACUGCUUCGAAAGAGGACCACAAUCUAGACGAGCCACAGAACUUCGGGUUCGUUAUGGACUGUCGGACUCGAUUAGAUCCGCCCCUGCCUGCUUCGUACUUUGGCAAUUGCUUAGUUCCAUGUGUUGGAGUGAAAACAGGCAGGGUAAUGGUAGGAGACGAAGGCCUAGCUGCCGCGGCCGAGGCGUUGGGAAAUGCGAUUGCUGUGAAGCUUAAGGAAGGUCCCUUACAUGGUACGGAUAAAUGGAUGGAUGAAUUUGCGGGGAUAAUGAGAGGGGAAUGGAACACCGGGAUUGCUGGCUCCCCGAAAUUGGAUUAUUACAACAAUGUGGAUUUCGGAUGGGGUAAACCCAUGAAAUUCGAAUUCGUGGAUGAGCCAUUAUCUUUGUCAAAAUGUAAAGAUUCAAAAAUGGACAUAGAAGUUGGAGUCGUCAUGCCUAAAAAUGAGAUGGACGUGUUCUCAACAGUUUUCGACCGGGGCUUGCAUAAUUUGGCCGGCUAAAUUCUUUCGAACAUAUCUGGUGUUGGAAUUGUUCAAUCAUUUUUGUUUUCCCAUUGAAUUUUCACGCCUCUCUUGACAACAUUAUUACGGGGUACUUGUUAGUUGUUACGCAUGUCCAGUUACAGGAUGACGGGAGAUCAUUUUUGUUGGAUCUGCACAAGAUCUUCCUGAAAAUGCUUGUUCAUUCAGUGAAAUUUUACUUUUCCUUUUGAGUUCUAUUUUGAGAAAUUCUGAGACUUGAAUGGUUAGAUAAACGGUUUGAAUUAA